GCUGGGCCCGAGGGCGGGGCCCGUGCGGAGCGACGACGUCAGGAGCGGCACGGGCCACGCCCCCGGUGGGCGGGGCCGACGCUGCAGGUCUCGUCCGGCCCCCGGGACCGCAGCUUCCCAGACGCCGGCGCGGGACCGUGGGGAGCGGGCCUCGGAGGUCGGAGGUGGAGCGCGGGUUGACGUCAGGUGACCGAUGAUGGCACCCAGGCCAGAAGGUGGUGGCGAUGCCCUGUCCCGGUCUGAAGGAGGGAAUGACGUCUCGUGGCCUGCCCUGCCCCGCGGGCCCCUCAGCGCGUACCGAGCGCGGGCCUCCUUCUGCAGCCGGGAGCUGCUGCUCUUCUGGGAGGGCGAGGACAUCCUCCGCUUCAAGAGAACCAUCUUCUCGGCUCUGGAGAAUGACCCUCUCUUCGCCCGCUCCCCGGCCACCGAGCUGCCCCUGGAGAGGUACCGGGAGCUGAACUUCCUCCGCUGCAAGCGGGUCCUCGAGUACGGCUUCUGCAGCCUGGACGACCUGUUCCAGAAGCCGCUGAGGAUCCCCGCGGCCAUCCAGUGCCUGGGCAUGUACGACUGGUCGCUGGCCAACAAGUGGGUCCUCCACAUGCUGGUGUUUGGGUCAACAAUUAUGAGCUCAGGUUCUGAAAGACAUCUAGAAUACUUGGCGAAGAUCUACAACAUGGAGAUUUUUGGCUGUUUCGCGCUGACGGAACUGAGCCACGGGAGCAACACCAAGGCCAUCCGCACGACGGCUCACUACGACCCUGCCACGGAGGAGUUCAUCAUCCAUUGUCCCGAUUUUGAAGCUGCCAAGUUUUGGGUUGGCAACAUGGGCAAGACAGCGACCCACGCCGUGGUGUUUGCCCAGCUGCACACACCGGGGGGCCAGUGCCACGGGCUGCACUCCUUCCUGGUGCAGAUCCGGGACCCGAAGACCCUGCUGCCCAUGCCCGGCGUGAUGGUGGGCGACAUCGGGAGGAAGAUCGGGCAGAACGGUCUGGACAACGGAUUCGCCCUGUUCCACAAGGUUCGAAUUCCUCGCCAGAACCUCCUGAACCGGACCGGGGACGUGGCCCCCGACGGCACCUACGUCACUCCGUUUAAGGACGGCCGGCAGCGCUUCGGCGCCUCCCUGGGCGGCCUGUCCUGGGGCCGCAUCUCCAUCAUCGGCAUGUCUGUCACCAACCUGAAGCUGGCCGUGUGCAUCGCGCUUCGCUUCUCCGCCACUCGGUGCCAGUUUGGGCCCUCGGAGGAGGAGGAGGAGGUGCCGGUGCUCGAGUAUCAGCUGCAGCAAUGGCGUUUACUUCCCUACCUGGCGGCCGCCUACGCCCUGGACCACUUCUCCAAAUUGCUUUUCUUGCACAUGUUCGAGCUCCAGCAGGCCCUGCUGGAGGGGAACCACGGCCACACGCAGGCGGAGCUGGGCCGCGAGAUCCACGCGCUGGCGUCGGCCGGCAAGCCCCUGGCCUCGUGGACGGCGCAGCGGGGCAUCCAGGAGUGCCGGGAGGCCUGCGGUGGACACGGCUACCUAGCCAUGAACCGGCUGGGUGAGCUCAGGAACGACAACGACCCGAACUGCACCUACGAGGGGGACAACAACGUGCUGCUGCAGCAGACCAGCAACUACCUGCUGGGCUUCCUGGAGCGCCCGGCCCCGGAUGGAGCUCGCUUCAAGAGCCCUCUGCGGACGGUGGACUUCCUGGAGGCCUCCCCCAGCCUGCUGGGCCGGACGUUCACGGGCUCGCGCGUGUCCCACUGGCUGGAGCCUGCAGCUGCCCUCUCGGCGUACCAGUGGUUGGUGUCCUACCUGCUCCAGGAGAGUCAGCAGAAGCUGAGUCAGGAGAGAAGAUCGGCCAGCAGUGACUUCGAGGCCAGAAACAACAGCCAGGUGUACCACUGCCGGCCCCUGGGCCUGGCCUUCAUGGAGCUCACGGUGGCGCAGCGGUUCCACGCGCACGCGCACGGCCCCGGCGUGCCGCCCGCCCUGCGGGCCGUGCUGGGCCGGCUCAGCGCGCUCUAUGCCCUGUGGUCCCUGAGCCAGCACCAGGCCCUGCUCUACCGAGGGGGAUACUUCUCCAGCGAGCAGGCCGGGAAGCUGCUGGAGGACGCCGUGCUGCACCUGUGUGCCCAGCUGAAAGACGACGCCGUGGCACUGGUGGACGUGAUCGCCCCUCCUGAUUUUGUGCUGGGCUCCCCCAUCGGCAGAGCCGACGGCGAGCUCUACAAGAACCUGUGGAGCGGCGUCCUGCAGGAGAGCCAGGUGCUGGAGCGGGCGGCGUGGUGGCCCGCGUUCACCAGCAAGCAGGUGGGCAGCCUCAAGGCCAAGCUGUAGACGCCGCCCCGGCGGCCGCAGAGGGGACCCUGCCACCGGUCCCCACGCCGGUCCCCACGCCGGGGCCGGACA